AUGUCUCUCACGUCGCUGCCCGUCGAACUGCUUGACGCUGUCUGCGAACCACUGGCAGCUUGCCCGUCGACUCUGGCAAAGCUCGCACUCACUUGCACGUUCGUCAGCCCCAGUGCGACGCGUGCUCUAUACCGCUCCAUCUCCGUCUCUCAAUACGCUCGGAAUUUGCCCCUCGUGCAUACGCUGGCCAGUCGUCCAGAUCUUGCGGGACUGGCAGACGCCGUCUUUGCGUUCGCUCAGAUCGCAGAAUCCCCGCGACUGGACACCCAGGUCCUUCCAGCCACCCACGUGCCCCUGCUAGACUCGUACACCGGUCCAGCGGCACUCCUCCCCGCCCUUGCUUCGCGCCCCCUGUCGACAAUUCAUCUCACCGGUGACCUGAGAAUCGAGGACAUACCCCAGCCCACGGGCCUCCGGAUGUGGGGGAACUCAAUUCAGAGUCUAUUUCCUUCCCAUAUACGGUACCGAAGCUUCUACGUUGCGGGUGUUCAGCGCGAUCACCAGCGCCCCACCGCUGAAUUGCUGGAGGCGCUGGCGAUGGCCUAUCCGGACGUGGAGUACUUGAGGCUCAUGACGAUGAGUGCGUUCUGGGAGGCACCGGACAUGACAUUAUACACUCGCAUCUCCGACACCCUCUCGUCCUUAGCCGCUCUGUCCGUCUUCGAGCUCUCAGGAAUGCAUUGGGAAGCACGCCCGAAGUCCACCAGUCCCUCGGAUUCUAGGGUGGGCGAUCAGUGUAUUGCGAAGGAGUGGAUCUCUCCACCUGUGACACCCCGCGCCCUGGAAGUGCCUGCAGGAUUCGACAUGGAGGACACGACCCACAGCCUUGAAUUUGGCGAUGCCUAUUUCGACUGGUCGUACUAG